AUGAGACUCUCUCUUUCUCCCGCACGUCCGUACAGUGUAGUACCCUCACUACCAAACCACGACGUUGUUUCUCACGUAAAUGUUACCAUGUCGUGGAACCGUAAGUGCAGAUGCGUGCUUACUCUUUCUUCUCCUACAAUAUCUACUUCCCGGUCACCGGUUAUACCCAAACCAGAAAUGUGGGAGGGUUUGCUUCUAAACCAAGAUCAUAGUUCCGGUGAAUUGUCGUCCUAUGGUUCGAACAACCCGGUUAAGCUAAACCGGAGAUGGAAGGAGUACCAGGGGCUUCAGAAUUGGGAAGGUCUUUUAGACCCAUUGGAUGAUAAUCUCCGAGGGGAGAUUCUCCGGUACGGUCAGUUCGUGGAAUCGGCUUACCAGUCCUUCGAUUUCGAUCCUUCGUCACCAACCUACGCAACGUGCCGGUUCCCGAGGAACACGUUGUUAGACCAAUCCGGUUUACCUAACUCCGGUUAUCGGGUGACGAAGAACCUCCGUGCCACGUCAGGUAUUAACUUACCACGUUGGAUUGAGAAAGCGCCUAGCUGGAUGGCUACACAGUCCAGCUGGAUUGGUUACGUGGCAGUAUGUCAGGACAAAGAUGAGAUCUCACGGCUCGGUCGUCGAGACGUAGUCAUCUCCUUCCGUGGCACCGCCACGUGUCUCGAGUGGUUAGAGAAUCUCCGCGCCACGCUGACUCAUCUCCCUGAUGGGCCGAGUGGACCAAACCUAAACGGGUCUAACUCUGGGCCCAUGGUCGAGAGUGGAUUCUUAAGCUUGUACACAUCAGGGGCCCACAGUUUGAGAGACAUGGUAAGACAAGAGAUCUCGAGACUGCUCCAGUCUUACGGCGACGAGCCGUUGAGUUUAACGAUAACGGGGCACAGUCUCGGCGCUGCGAUCGCGACGUUAGCGGCGUACGAUAUCAAGACGACGUUUAAACGUGCGCCGAUGGUCACCGUUAUGUCUUUCGGAGGUCCACGUGUCGGAAACAGAUGCUUCAGGAGACUCCUUGAGAAGCAAGGCACCAAGGUGUUGAGGAUCGUUAACUCCGACGACGUCAUCACCAAAGUUCCAGGUGUCGUUUUAGAUAACCGAGAGAAAGAUAACGUGAAGAUGACGGUGUCAAUGCCGAGCUGGAUACAGAAACGAGUGGAGGAGACGCCGUGGGUUUACGCUGAGGUCGGCAAAGAGCUUCGGCUGAGCAGCCGUGACUCUCCGUACCUGAACGGCAUCAAUGUUGCCACGUGUCACGAGCUGAAGACGUAUCUACAUUUAGUAGAUGGGUUUGUUAGCUCCACGUGUCCAUUCAGAGAAACGGCUCGAAGAGUCCUCCAUAGAUGAAGAUCCAUUAGACAUUCGUAACCCUAUUUUAACUUUGUGCAGAAAAAAAAACCUUAAACCGAAA